AGUUAGGGGACCGAAAACCAUCGCAACUGCUCCGACGCUCUUACAACAAUUACAUGGUACAUCCGACAAAGAGCUUCUACGUGAGCUUUUUCUACAGCACCUGCCUUUGAAUGUCCAGAUUGGUCUGUUAUCACAUCCAGACAAACCGUUGGCUGACUUAGCAUUGAUGGCUGGUGGAAUGAUAGAGCUAACCGAUGCUCGCCCAUCCAUUGCCCAGAUUGAAACACCCGAGUCAGCAGAAAUCUCAUCAAUCAGAUCUGAUCUCAAUAAAGUCCUCAAGCUUCUUCACACUGGAGCACGGAAGCCUGCUGCUGAUCCCAAGGUGGUCAAGGAAAGUCUCUGUUGGUAUCACACCCGAUUUGGUGCACAGGCUUCGAAAUGUCGUCAACUCUGUACCUAUACGGCUCCGGGAAACGACAAGCCCGGUCACCAGUAG